AUGACACCCGUAAGUCACGAGACGACUGGCGGUUCUGGCGGUGUGCGGCUGUACGAGUUUCGUGUUGAUGCAACAUCCCCUCGUCCCUCCCAGGAUGUGCUUGAAAAGGCUUUGUUUGCGAUUACUGGCGUCACCGUGAUCAGCGUUUCCAUCCGGUCUGAAGAUGACACGAUUGUCGUGAAGACCCUGUGGACCGCUGAGAGGCUGGAGCGGCUUUUUCACGGGGUAAUCUCUUCACUCGGCUAUGUCGUUGCUUAUGACGUCCCUGUGGAGAGCCGAUUUCUUAUUGAAGGAAUGCCAUACUUGAAUCAUGCUUUGCGCGUUGAAUCUCACCUGAGAAGCCUGCGUGGUGUGGAGAGGGCAGCGGUCAACUUUGCGACUAUGACUGCAACUGUUGUCCAUAAUCCUAAGGGGGUGACUGCUACGGAUCUAAUGAAUGAAAUAGGCAUAAUGGGAUACUCUGCGACGUUGCAGGGAUCAACAGGUUGCGCUAUUCGGCCUCCAACAGGCACUGCGGGCUGCAUUAGGCGGAAACUAGUUGUCAGUGGCAUGUCAUGUGCAUCAUGUGCGGCGCAAAUUGGAUCGCGGGUCCGGCGGUUAGAUGGCGUGACUGACUGCGUUGUCAACUUUUCUACGGGGAUUUGCCUGGUGACGUUGGAUCGUGAGGAUGCACUUCAGCGUGUCGAGGAAGCAAUUACUUCUAUGGGAUAUACAGUUUCAGUAUCGCCGCCGAGGAACCCCACAGCUGCAGUUUUUCUCAAUGAAACGAAAGCGGCCUUGGAGAGGACAAGAGAAAUUGAAGAGCAGAAGAGGCGGUUUUUGGGUGCUGCGGUGCUGGCAACGCCUUUGGCGUUGCUUAUGUUUUUGAUGGCAACAACAAAUGUGUUUGAUGACAGCAGAACGAUGGUUUUUGUUGAUUUUGUUCAGAUGGGCUUAUCGACACCGAUUGUGUUUUAUUACGGUUCGGUGUUUUUCAUCCACGCAUGGCAAGGUCUGAGGCACGGAAUGUUAACGAUGGAUACGCUUGUUGCCAUUGGGGCUGGUUGCUCUUAUUUGUAUUCGCUGGGUGCGUGUAUUGUGAUGGUUGUGGCAAAAUACCAAAUAGCCACUUAUUUUGAUGCUGCAGGUAUGCUUCUUGCAUUUAUGUUGCUGGGACGUUUUCUGGAAGCGCGCGCGAGGCGCAGUACGAGUGAUGCUCUCAUCAGUUUAAUGAACUUGGUGCCGCCCGUUUCUAUUGUUGUCACCGCGCAAGGUGACAUUACAAUGCCUUCGUCUCUGCUUGAAAAGGGAAUGCGUGUUCGUGUGUUGGCCGGAGACCGAUUUCCAGUAGACGGUAUUGUUGUGGAAGGAAUGUCGGAUGUGGAUGAACAGAUGGUGACAGGUGAAGCGAUAACGAAGGCAGUGAAGGUGGACUCCGCAGUGAUUGGUGGGACAACAAACAUCACUGCAAUGCUUGUAGUUGAGGCAACCAAAAUUGGCGAAGAGACCAUGUUGUCUCAGAUUUUGCGCCUUGUACAAGAGGCACAGAACACUAAACCCGAAAUUCAACGAAUUGCCGAUCAAAUAGCCGCCUACUUUGUGCCUUUUGUUGUAAUGUUUUCAGUGGGUGUAUUUUUUACUUGGUUGCUUCUAGGAGCCUUUGACAUGUACCCGCCAGAGUGGCGCGGCCAGAACGAGACUAUUUUAAUGUUUGCAUUUGAUUUUUUUAUUUCUUCUGUUGUGGCUGCGUGUCCCUGUGCCCUGGGGCUUGCGACGCCCACUGCCAUCAUGGUGGGUACCGGUGUCGGUGCGAAGAACGGCAUUCUGGUGAAGUCCGGAAAAUCGCUUGAGGUUGUGCGCCAGUCGCGCUGCAUUGUCUUUGACAAGACGGGGACCAUUACCUUUGGAAAGUUGGAGGUGGUCUUUAAGAAGUGCUGGGGCGACAACGUCGAGGAGGUAAUGAAAGUUGUUGGAUUUGUGGAGCUACUCUCCAACCACCCUGUGGCGAAGGCUGUGGCCGACGGGAUUCUUUUGGCGAGCCCGGCGUCCACGUACGACGUGGUUUUUUCUAAAGUAAAAGGUGGUCUUGGUACUGAGGCCGUCGUUCGUUGCAGAUCUCAGAAUAACGAACUCAGGGUGCACGUCGGCAAUCUUGCCAUGAUGCGAGAGGGUAAUAUUCAUGUUCCCCCGGAAAUCGAACAGGCUGUGCGGCAGCAAAACAACAUGGGCAGAACCACAGUUGUCGGAGCCGUGAAUGGCGUCGCGCGGCUUUUGGUUGCACUUGCGGAUGAACCCAAAGAAGAGGCUGCUGGAGUCGUGCGCUUCUUGCACCGACAGGGAUUCCGGGUUCUCAUGGUCACAGGGGACAACGAGGGUGUUGCGGCACAUGUGGCAAGUGCGGUUGGCAUCCAAAAUGAAAACCUUUACGCCGAAGCUCUUCCCACAACUAAGGCCAGCAUCGUCCGACAACUUCAAUCCGAGGGCGAUUGUGUCAUUUUUGUUGGUGACGGAAUCAAUGAUAGUCCGGCGCUGGCGCAGGCAGACGUUGGUAUAGCUCUGGGCGCCGGAACUCAAAUAGCUAUUGAGGCUGCGGACGCGGUACUUAUAAGCAAUAGCUUAGUUGACAUCCUAAACCUGCGGGCUCUUUCCAUCGCCACGGUCAAACGGGUAUACGGCAACUUUUUCUGGGCCUUUGGCUACAAUCUAUGUAUGCUUCCUCUUGCAAGUGGGAUGCUCUAUCCUUUUGUUCAUUUUAAGCUAUCCCCCAUUUUAGCUGCUGCGGCCAUGGUUUUUUCUAGCAUAAGUGUCCUUUUGUCUAGUCUUUCAAUCAGGUGGUUUGCGCCUUACGAGACAAGAAUGAAUAUUGGACUCCCCCCCAAAUGGUAA